CACACACACACACACACACACACACACACACACACACACACACACACAUAGGGGAAUGGAACACCCCAUAAUUACUGAGAACUGAAGCAGAUUGGCCUCCCUCUCAGACUGGUCAUGUGUUUUUGGUUCCCUGAAAUACCCUAACGUCCUAGACAGAGAGUAAGGUUCUGUUGGCAGCCUCAGUGCCAAGGCGGGCUGAGUGCCAAACACUAAACACUGAACCCUUCUACGGGAGAAGAAAGAGAGGAGGGAAGGGAGAAGAGGACAGCAUGAAGAGGGAGUAAGGACAGAGAUGUCCACGCAGUUCCCCUCGCUGUUUCCCAGGAUGACAGAGACUCUGUGGUUCAACCUGGACCGGCCAUGUGUGGAUGAGACAGAGUUACACCAACAGGAGCAGCAGCACCAGACCUGGUUACAGAGCAUCUCAGAGAAGGACAAUAGCCUGAUGCCUAUUGGGAAGCCAAUUUUUGAGCAAACAUUUGACGAGGAAGAAGAGGAGGAGGAUGAGGAUGAGGAAGAUAGUGAGGAAGACUCUGAGGAUGAAGAGGACAUGCAGGACAUAGAUGAGAUGAACGACUACAACGAGUCACCGGACGACGGAGAGGUCAACGAGGUGGAUAUGGAGGGAGCAGACCAAGACCAGGACCAGUGGAUGAUCUAGGCCAGAGUAAACUUCGCUGCUCUCUGAUGCCCCCUUGGUAGCGCUCAUCUACUCUGCCGGACAGUGGCUUUUGGUUGGUGAACUUUCCCUGCUGUUCACACCCACCCUGUGAAACUAAAGGGGGAGGUGUGAGCUGCGUGGGGUUUUACUGCAUGGAGAAAGUGCUGUGUGCGUGUUCUCUCAUUCAGUGUUCUACAGUUGCAAUGUGUGAAGACUAAACUGUAAAACAUUUUUCUCUUGAAACAAGUGUUUUUGCAACAUUAGGAGAAAGAACUUCUGCUCCACCUCAACCUCCCCUCUGCUAGUUCUGUCCUCCCCCACAGAUCACGAGACACUCAGACCCUUUGUUUAGACGAUGCACACAUCAAACUCAAGGACAUCAGAGUGCACUCACUCCCCUCUCUGGUACUCGUUGUUCUGUGUGUGUACUUUGACUCCCCCGUCCGUCCGUCGCCAGUCGGGUCACAUCUGAAUGGGCAUAAACCAUAGCCUGUACACUGCAUCUGCGUAAUCUUCUGUGUGUGGGUGUGCUGUCAACAGAAACCUGGAGAGUUAAAAACAAACGUUAGUAUUCAACAAAACUGAUUUUAAAAAGGAACUUCACAGGUGCUCAUAUGUAUGUAAAGUAAAUGCCUUUUUAAUUGGUCCAGUGUCUUAUGUAAAUAAAGAGAAACAUUGUGUAC